AUGAAGUCUAAUACAUUUUUGGUAAAAGACGUCGCACCACUUUCUGAUCGAUUUCAAUUCGUUCCCAUAAUGUUCGACUAUUCUCAAUUCACUUUCUUAAGUAAUUUCUUUUUGGCAUUAGCUGAAUCUGUUUACUGUUUUGAGCAAAUUUCUACCUAUACAACAGUCGACAUUUCCUCAUCCUCUGCGGUCCCUAAUAAUGUGAUCCAGAAUAAUGGCAUUUCCUUAUCUUCUGAGGAUCUUUUGGACUCUAAUUCUGGCGAAAUUGGCCUUGAUGAUGACAUUUUAUCGUUUCCUAUGAAUACUUUGGCUUCCGAUACAACAGUCCUUAAUAAUAGCAUUUCCUCGUCUUCUGUGGUCCCUAAUGAUGGCAUUUCCUCAUCUUCUGCAGAUCUUUUGAACUCCAAUUCUGUCGAAAUGGUCCUUGAUGAUAAUACUUUAUCGUCUCCUAUGAAUACUUUGGCUUCUGAUUUCGACGUAAUGGCUCUUGGUGAUAUUACCACUUUAUCAAGCAUCUCCUCGUCUUCUGUGGUCCCUAAUAAUGGCAUUUCCUCGUCUUCUAUGGUUCCUACUAAUGAUGACAUUUCCUCGUCUUCUGCGGAUAUUUUGGACCCCAGUAAGCAUUUUCAUAUGAGUAUUGAUGAUAACACUUUAUCGUCUUCUAAGGAUACUUUGACUUCAGAUUUCGGCGCAAUGGUUCUUGGUGACAAUACCACUUUAUCAAAUCCUACUGCUACCCCUAAUUACAACAUUGUUUCGUCUCCUACUGCAAUGGACCCUAUUCAUGACUUCCGUCCCACUUUUUCACCCUUCACGAAACGUCAUACUAUGCCUUCCAGAAGAAAACCUUAUAAAUGUGAUGAUUGUGAAAAAGCUUACCGACAUCCGCAUGAAUUGGAAGAUCAUCGUAAUUACAAACAUGGUGGAGAAAAUCCAAAUAAAUGUUUAAUUGAGGGAUGUAAGAGUUUUAAAAAAUCUUUGUCUGGCAGAAAUAGCCUUAGACGUCAUAAUCUAAAGUUUCACGAAGGCAACCCUUAUCCGAUGCUUAAAGGUCGGCGAAACACUUACCCGAUUUAA